CCUCCAUAGCCCAACUCCUUACUGUGCUAGGGUUUCACUCCCUCUUGGGUGUAGAGGAGGGGAGGCACUUGGACACUCUCUUGAAUACUUUCAACUCUUCUCCUUCUUUCCUUCUUCUCUAAUUCCUGAGGAUUCUACUGAGGCUCUAGCCAUGCCUCUCUCAACUCCCGCCCCCCCAAAGAGGAAGAAGGCCAACAAGAUCAUUACUGAUCUGACCAACAUCACCCAGGACGAUGAAGAAUCGGACCCCGAGGCAUCAGAGUUUGAUCUGGGCACUAAGAUCAAGACUCCUAAAGACACCAUGCUGGAGGAAUUGUCUCUUAUGACCAACAAGGGAUCCAAGAUGUUCAGGAGGAGACAACAGAGGGUGGAGCGCUUCAUCGUCACCAACGAGAAUAUGCAGAAUCUCCAGAGCCUAGUUCCGUCGCUGGGGUGUGAAAUGAUGGCCCCACCACCCGAGCCUGAACCUGAGCACGUAGAGGAGGAGGUGUUGGAUAAGGAGGCGGAGAAAGAGAAGAGGAGGCAGCAGUAUGUGCGUACUUAUGUGUCUCCAUGGGAACGGGCCAUGAGGGGAGACGAGUCUCUGACUGCCACCAUGCACCACUGCAUGGCUGGACCACACCCCCCCCACGACAUGCCCAAGUUUAAGAGCUUCAACAGGUCGGCCCUGCCCUAUGGCGGCUCCGACAAGGCGGGAGGCCACAUGACCUUCGAGCCUCCUGAGAUCCUAUUCGCCCCAUUGGAGCUGGAGCCUCUCCCUUCCCUGCAGGCGGACAUUAGGUCCCGCCCCUCGUUCAACCGCACCCCCAUCGGCUGGGUGUGCAACCCGGAGGACAACUCACAUAUCCACAUGCAGUUGGACAACAUGCUGCCCUUCGACGGCGAGACGGACAAUCUGUAGACACACACACACACUCGCGCACGUGCACACACACGCACACACACGCACGCACGCACGCACGCACGCACACACACACACACACACACACACACACACACACACACACACACACUGAGGUACUGUAGACACACACUGAUAUAGACACACACUGAUGUACUGUAGACACACACUGAUGUACUGUAGACACACACUGAGGUACUGUAGACACACGCAGAUGUCGCCGCAUGUGACAAAUACAAUUUGAUUUGAUUUAUUUGCGUGAAACAUCAAUGGCUGAAGAGAAAAGAGACAGAAGAUGAUGGUGAUGAUCAAGUCAAAUCAACUCAACGUUUAUUGGCCGCGUACACAGAUUUGCAGGUGUUAUGGCAGAUGCAGGGAAAUCCUUCUGUCACUAGCUCCUGCAGUAAAGUAGAAUGUUUUGCAAACACCGUAUAAUACAAAUACACAAAUAACCCCCAAAAUCUAAACGACAAGUCAAGUAGUAACAAUCCAAGUAGAUAAGGUGAUGUGAUGAUGAAGGUGAAGAAGAAAGUGAUGAGGAUGAUAUGACAAUAACCUGGACAGUUCAACAUGUAGCCUAGAUACUGUAGACACACCUGAUGUUUCUAGUAAGCUCUGUAUUUUAUCCAAUAAACCUUUCCCUGUACAGAAA